AAAGGAUCAAAAUCUAGGGUUUCCCUGUCGAGAAGAAGAGUGAGAUAGUGCGGCCGAGGACCAGAGAGCCGGCAUCCUAGCACUGCAACCAUGUCUGGGCGGAAGAAGACCAGGGAGCCGAAGGAGGAGAAUGUGACGCUUGGCCCGACCGUGCGCGAUGGUGAGCAUGUCUUUGGUGUUGCUCACAUCUUCGCGUCGUUUAAUGAUACUUUCAUUCACGUUACUGAUUUGUCCGGAAGGGAAACUCUCGUUCGCAUCACGGGUGGCAUGAAAGUUAAAGCUGAUAGGGAUGAAUCAUCUCCUUAUGCAGCUAUGCUUGCAGCACAAGAUGUAGCUCAAAGAUGCAAGGAACUAGGUAUUACUGCCCUGCAUAUUAAGCUCCGAGCCACUGGUGGUAACAAGACAAAGACUCCAGGUCCUGGUGCCCAAUCUGCUCUUCGUGCACUUGCUCGUUCUGGCAUGAAAAUUGGUCGUAUUGAGGAUGUGACCCCAAUCCCCACAGACAGCACGCGAAGAAAGGGUGGAAGAAGGGGGAGGAGACUGUAACUUCUAUCACCCUCACCACCAAGAGGCUAUUAUGGAAUUUUCUUUUGUUAUGAACUUGUUUUAGAGCAUUUGAGUUGGAAUUUUGCACUGUCUCAAUAUUUCUCCUGUAUUAGUUGAAUACCUUUCGGCUAUGAACUUUAUUUCCAUCAUGUGGUUUGCUUUUCAAGUUUCAUAGACAAUCCUUAGUUUUGGGGAAUUUGUUUUUUGUUUUUGCCAUGAAUUGCUGAUUGUUUCACUGGAGUUUUGCUAA